AUGGCGGACAGGGAGGAUCUGUGGCAGCAGAUGCUGCGUGACUGCUCUGUGCGCUCUAAGCUACCAGCAGCAAACUUUCUACUAGUGGGUGACGUAGAAUGCGGUAAGUCUGCUCUCUUAGAGUGUCUGGAUGAGUCGAAACAUGGCCCCUUGGAGGCGACCGAUGAGACGCACGGAGUCGACACUUUGCUGACCUUCAAGACGUUGGAUGUCCUGGAACCACGUGCAAAGGAAAGUGGUGAUGAUGCUUUAGAGGACGUGAUGGCACACAUUUGCGCAUGGAGUUUAAACGAUCUAAGGCUCAAAGAUCUCAUCAAGAUUGCAGUAAAGCCUCAGACGCUGCAGAAGACCGUGGUAGCUAUAGUGCUGGAUCUGUCGCGUCCGUGGACGAUCAAGAGCUCGCUAGAACAGUGGCUUUCGGCUCUGGAAGGACAAUUGCUGGAACAGAUCAACCAGCUAACAUCUGAAGGAAGAAGUGAGCUGUAUGCGGCUAUCAAGCAGCAUAUUCUUGCCUAUGAAGAUCCGAGUGUCGAUCACUCUGCACCAGCGCCUAUGGACACGUCUACAAACGAGUUUAUGAAAGAAGGCGUGCUUUCAAAAAAUCUAGGCGUACCUCUUGUGAUCAUUGUGGCUAAGGCGGAUCUGCGCCCGGAAAACUCGGUGAAGAUGGAUUACAUUGAGUACACGCUUCGCCAGUUUGCAAUUCGAUACGGCGCGUCGGUAGUGUUUACAUCCGCAAAGACUGGCUCUAACGUUGACAAACUCCGCAAGUAUAUUCUGCAUCGUGCCUAUCCGUGCCAGUUUAAAUUUACAGCGCCACCGCAACUGGUCGACCGUAACAGCAUCUUCAUCCCGUCUGGCUACGACUCGUUUGAGUUGAUCAACCAGAGUCUUGUGGGCUCAGAGCCGCGUUGGCCAACUGACAAACCGUUCGAAAACAUUAUCCCCGCUCCAGCGGAGGAUACUAAAGAUGCUGCUUCACAGCUCACUGUCGGUGUCCGCGUCGACAAUCAUGAGCAGUGGCUUGAGAAGUUGGAAAAGGCCGCAGGUGCCGGUUUGGAGGAGCUGCAAAAGCAAAGUAUCGAAGCGAGCAAGAAGGCAGAACAGGCAGCUGCUGCUCGCCGCGUGGCUGCAGAUCGCCGAAAGCGUGAAGAGAAGGAUGUCAGCUCUAAGCAUCUCCAGAACUUUUUCAACAACCUACUAAGUCGACCAGAGAAGACACGGUCAUCUCGGCCAAUGAGUGAUAAAAAGAAGGAAAAGAGCGACAAGACAUCAGACGAGGAUGAUGUGAAGCGCUAG